GAGAGGUUCUCUAAUUGGGUGUCACUACUUAAGACAAUUGCUAGACUUAUCCAUGUUUCUAGAAGUUUUCAGAAAAAAUCGAGCAAUUCCCAAUGUAGAGGCUGGAGAAGUUUUCUAGAGAAAGUCGACUCAGAGGAAAUUUCACAGUCGAUGGUCAUUAUCAUCUCUUCUGUUCAACAUGAAUAUUUUAAGCAAGAGUACACGUGCUUACAGGAGCAUAAGACACUUCCAGGACAAAGCCGGCUCAAGAAACUCAGUGUUGUUAUAGAUGCAGAUGGACUGCUGAGAGUGGGUGGCAGAUUGUCACAUGCUGCAUUGUCUGACAAGGAGAAGCGGCCUAUCAUUAUACCUCACGACCAUCACAUCGCCACUUUGAUUGUGAGACAUUAUCACAACAGAGUAGCACACCAAGGGCGUCACAUAACCGAGGGUGCAAUCAGAGCAGAGGGUUUCUGGAUCCUCGGUGGCAAGCGUCUGAUAUCUGCAGUUAUCCACAAGUGUGUUAUCUGCCGCAAAUUAAGAGGAAGGUUAGAAAGUCAGAAAAUGGCGGAUUUGCCUGAAGACAGAGUCACUCCUGAACCCCCAUUCACUAGUGUGGGCAUUGAUGUAUUUGGUCCAUGGUCAGUGAUGACUCGCCGCACUAGAGGAGGCAGUGCUGACAAUAAGCGCUGGGCAGUGCUUUUCACCUGUUUGUCCACGCGAGCUGUGCAUAUAGAACUGAUUGAGACUAUGUCAGCUUCCAGCUUCAUUAAUUCUUUAAGAAGGUUUUUUGCUAUUCGUGGUCCAGCAAAGUUACUUCGCUCUGACAGAGGGACAAACUUUGUGGGAGCUUGUAAAGAACUGAACUUCUACAGAGCUGAUUCUACGGUUCAAGAUUAUCUCCUAAAUAAAGGUUGUACAUGGAUUUUCAACCCCCCACAUGCAUCACACAUGGGAGGCGUUUGGGAAAGACUGAUAGGUGUAGCCAGACGUAUUUUGGAUGGAAUGUUGCUCCAGGAUAGGCCUACUCGUCUGACCCAUGAGAUUUUGAGCACCUUCAUGGUUGAAGUCACAGCCAUUAUGAAUGCCAGACCUCUGGUACCUGUUUCUACGGAUCCUGAUAAUCCCAUGGUCCUCACUCCAGCAAUGCUCUUGACCCAGAAAGUGAACUCUUUAUCAGCCCCUACUGGCAAUUUUGAAACUGCAGGACUGCAUGUGAAACAAUGGAAACAAGUUCAAAAUCUGGCUGAUGCUUUCUGGAAGAGGUGGAAAAGAGAGUACUUGUCGACUCUACAAAGCCGCAGUAAAUGGACCCAAAAUCGUCCGAACGUUCAAACAGGAGAUGUUGUGUUAUUAAAGGACGGUCAGGAAAGCAGGGAUGUUUGGCCUGUGGGACGCGUCGUCAGUGUUUCGCCGAGCAGAGAUGGCAGAGUCAGAAAAGUUGAAGUGAAAGUGGUCAACCAAGGGACAACCAGGUCUUACUUGAGACCAAUUUCUGACAUUGUUGUUCUUGUUUCUGAAAAAGACUGAAUUGUGUAUGUUCAGCCUAGCAGUAAUUUAUAUGGUAAUGUGUUAUUCUCACAUUAAGCAGGGAGUGUUCUGGAUUCAUUACAUCAUUUAGGCACGAUGCAGUUAUUGUGUGUUUAGUAAUGUUAAUUGUAGCAGUUUGCUGCCACCUGUCGACCGGUUGUGGUAGUGCCAACCUACGUGUCAGUUUAUUACAUCGAGAACAAGUCCAGCCCCCUUGAGUUCAAAGGGCACCGGAAACUCCUCCUUUUGAGUUCAGUUUUAGCAAGGCGCGCAAAGGUAGCAGAUCUUUCUCUUCAGACCCUGUCUACAAAAAUAGCCUUUUUUUACCACUUGCAUCGCGCUCAUAAAUCUGCUAUAAGGAUAAAGCGUCCAGGCUCGUUCAUUUCAUGGAAGACUGAGUAUUUCGUCGCUGACUUCCUUAAGAUUUAUUGGUUAAACUAUCUGUGGAGCUUCUAUACACGGAGUACAUAGUUGUGAAAACAGAAUAUACAGACAUGAGUCACAUAUCGUUGGAAUCAAGAAAACUCACUUGAUCCAGUCUGCAACAUUGUGUGCUAAAGUAUUCCAGAUUAUCCUGUGCGCAAUGAGGCAUAUAUUUUGAACAUUUUCCAUCAAAACGCACCCCUAAUUAUCCAUGAAACAUUGAUAUUUUUCAAAUUAGUUGAAAAACAAAGUACAUAUUUGCUUCCACAUUGAUCCGCGUAUUACCCUUCUGGGAAAAAAAACAUUUAUUUAAUUUAAAUAAUUAAUUUAAUUAAGGCAGAAAAACAAUAGCGAUAAACAUUCAGCAAUAGACUCUUGUAUUAAAAUGAUGUGAGAGGGAUAUAAAGCUUGUUAAGAAGUAAAAUUUGUAUACUCAAGUUGCAAUAAAUGUUUGCUCUCUUAUGUUGUUAUAGCUACUGUAUGUAGUACUAUAUUUGUCGCCACUAAGGGGCGCUGGUGCAAUUAUUCAGGAGUUUUUUUUUGUUAAUCUCAGAAAGUUUUUUUUUUUGUUUUGUGGUGAUCUAAUAAAAAGAAAGAAGAAGAGUUCUCUGACUCCGUCGUUUUUUUCCUUCGAGUUUAUUGCUGUUGAUGGUGCAAUUAUUCAACAGGUUAUGGGCCCAGGGACAACUCGAAGAGGUUUUUAGUGCGUAAGUUGAUCUAGUGCAGCUAAGUAGUAUCGCGACGGAUAACGGAUUAACUGCUAAAAUAGCAACAUGGAGCAAGCAGGCUGCCUCGACUUAUGUUCGACGGAGAUGAGACCAAAUAUGAGCUUUGGGAAACCAAAGUGCUUGGACAUUUACACUUAUUAGGAUUAAAAGACACCGUCCUGAAAGAUCCGAAUGGUCAGGCUGAAGAAGCAGCAAAUGGUAAGAAGAAUGCUGACGCAUACGCCGAGCUAAUUCAACUUUUGGACGAUAAAAGCCUCUCGUUAAUUAUGAGAGAUUCAGCCGAUAAUGGGAGAAUGGCACUAAAGAUAUUAAGAGACUAUUACGCUGGAAAAGGGAAGCCCCGAAUCAUCAACCUGUACACCACGCUGACGUCGCUUCAGAAAAGGAGGGAAGAGACGGUUACAGAGUACAUCAUCAGGGCGGAGGCCGCCAUUACGGCACUACACAAUGCGGAGCUGUGUGCAGCAUCCCACACACAUUUAAGGAAGCUGUGGAAUCAGCUAACUCAAAGAAAUGGAUCAGGGCUAUGGAUGAAGAAAUCCAAUCUUUAAGAGAUAAUAAUACUUUCACCCUCACCACUUUGCCAAAAGGCAUGAAAACAGUGGGUGGUAGAUGGGUUUAUUCAGUUAAGAGUGACAUUGAAGGAAAUGAAAAAUACAAAGCGAGGUUCGUAGCUAAGGGUAACAGCCAAAAGAUGGGUAUAAAUUAUGAAGAAACAUUCUCCCCAACAGCAAACUUAACCAGCAUAAGAGUUCUGCUACAAAAAGUGGCGCAGGAGAACCUGCUACUCCAUCAAAUGGACGUGAAGACAGCUUAUUUACACGCCCCCAUUGACUAUGAGAUCUACAUUGAUCAACCAGAAGGGUAUGAAGAGGGGGAAGGUCUGGUGUGUAAGCUAGAAAAAUCUUUGUAUGGGUUAAAACAGUCUGGUCGUAACUAGAAUAAGAUUUUGCACAAUUAUCUAACAGAGAACGGUUUCAGACAAAACCCAGCAGACUAUUGUGUUUACACAAGGGAGACGGAACAUGGAAAGGUGAUCAUGAUCAUCUGGGUUGAUGAUCUGAUUAUUGCAGCAAGCAAUGAGAAGGUAAUGAAGGAUGUGAAAGUAAUGUUUUCAGUCGGAUUUAAGAUGAAGGACUUAGGCAGACUUAAGCAUUUCCUAGGGAUUGAUUUCACUCAGUCUGAUGGAUGUGUAAAGAUGUCACAAGAAGCAUAUGUUGAAAAGAUACUGAUGAGGUUUAACAUGCAGAACUGUAAACCCAGAGAAAGUCUGUGUGAUCAAAAAUUGUGCUGCACAGAAGGUGCUACUAAGAUGAAAGAUGUGAGGAUGUACAGAGAGGCUGUAGGCUGCCUUAUAUACCUCACCACAUGUACCUGUCCAGACCUGAGUUUUGUGGUAAGCAAAUUGUCACAAUAUCUCCAUGAACCAACAGAGGAACAGUGGGUAACUGUGAAGCAUGUGUUAAGGUAUCUCGGAGGGACUAAGAACAAAGGACAGUGAAAGUCUAGGUUUAGUAGCCUACAGUGAUGCUGACUGGGCAGGUGACACUACAGACAGACGCAGUACUACAGGUUACUGUGUAAGCCUAAGCAAGAACAGUUCUUUAGUUUCAUAGAAGACCAAGAAACAGCCCACUGUAGCGCUCUCUACCUGUAAAGCAGAAUAUAUGGCUCUGUCUUCUACGAUGCAAGAGUGUAUAUAUUUAGAGCAGCUUUUGAAUGGUAUUGAUGGCUACAAAUACACACAAACAGUAGUUUAUGAGGACAACCAGGGAACAAUUGCUUUAGCUAAAAACCCUGUAAGCCGUCAGAGGUGCAAACAUGUAGACAUAAAAUAUCAUUUUGUAAGAUCUAUUGUAAAUGAAGGAAAAAUGUGUCUGUUAUUUUGCACUACCGAAGAAAUGGUUGCAGAUAUUAUGACCAAACCUGUGUCUAAGUUAAAACUUAUAAAGUUUGCAGAUGUUAUGUUCGGUAGUAAAAAAAAAUAAUAAAAAAAAAUAAUAAGAGGAAGUGGAAGAGACCCACAUUUUUGAUUUAUUGUGUAAGUUUUCUUUAUAUUUCAGCAACCUGAGUACUGUAUGAGGGGGUGUUAAGAAGUAAAAUUUUUAGUAUACUCAAGUUGCAAUA